UCUACUUGAUUGAACAACUUGAACCAUCCUAAGAUGAAGACAUUCUAUGGCGUUGCAGUUGCAGUGGCCGUCGUGCUCACCUUUGUUUGUAUUCAGCAGAGCUCUGCUGUCCCAGCCACUGAAGUGCAAGAGCUGGAGGAGCCAAUGACCACCGAGAAUCCGGUUGCUGAAUAUGAGGCGACAUCAGUGGACUCAUGGAAGAUGCCGUAUAAAAUCAGAAACAAGCGGUUCAUUUCGUGUCGCUGGUGCUGCAGCUGCUGCAACCCCGCUUUCUGCGGAGUGUGCUGCUCAUUCUGA